AUGUCGCUCAAAAAUAAACUUCUGCUCCGCGACGUGCAAUACCGCGGCGCGUUCUACGACCGGUUUCCCAAGAUCUACAACGUGUACGUCAUCGGCAUCGUGUCGUGUAUCUCCGGUCUGAUGUUCGGGUUCGACAUCUCGUCCAUGUCGUCCAUGAUCGCUACAGACCACUACAAACACUACUUCGACACUCCAGACUCCAUCACGCAGGGUGGUAUCACGGCGUCCAUGGCCGGGGGGUCGUUCCUCGGGUCGCUUGUGUCGUCCAGCGUCACUGACGCGUUCGGACGGCGUGUGUCGUUGCACGUGUGCGCGACGCUCUGGAUCAUCGGCGCGAUUCUGCAGUGCGCGUCGCAGGACCGCGCCAUGCUGAUCGUGGGCCGUGUGAUCAGCGGGCUGGGCAUCGGGUUCGGGUCCUCGGCCGCGCCCGUGUACUGCUCCGAGGUGGCGCCUCCCAAGAUCCGUGGCUUCAUCUGCGGCCUGUUCCAGCUCAGCGUCACCGUCGGUAUCAUGGUUCUGUUUUUCAUCGGCUACGGCUGCCACUUCAUCGACGGCACCGCGUCCUUCCGCAUCACCUGGGGCAUCCAGAUGGUGCCCGGCUUCGUGCUGCUGUUCGCCACCUUCUUCUUGCCCGAGUCGCCCCGUUGGCUCGCCAACCACGACCGCUGGGAGGAGACCAGCGAGGUGGUGUCGCGCAUCGGCGCCCACGGCAACCUCGACGACCCAGAGGUCAAGCUCCAGCUCGAGGAAAUCCGCGAACAGGUCAUCAUCGACCAAGUCGCCCUCAACUUCGGCUACAAGGACUUGUUCCGCAAAAAAACCCUCCCCAAGACCAUCGUGGGUCUUUCCGCUCAGAUGUGGCAGCAGCUGUGCGGUAUGAACGUCAUGAUGUACUACAUCGUGUACAUUUUCGAGAUGGCCGGCUCCACUGGUAACACCGUGCUGCUUUCGGGCUCCAUCCAGUACGUGUUGAACGUCGUCAUGACCAUCCCCGCCUUGUUCCUCGUCGACAAGGCCGGCCGUCGUCCCGUGUUGAUCGCCGGUGGUAUCUUCAUGUUCAUCUGGUUGUUCGUCGUGGCCGGCCUGCUCGCCACCUACUCCGUGCCACAACCCAACGGCUUUGACGGUGACGACACCGUGCGUAUCUCCAUUCCAGACUCCGACAAGCCCGCCGCUCGUGGUGUCAUCGCCGCUUCCUACUUGUUUGUGUGCUCCUUCGCCCCCACAUGGGGUGUCGGUAUCUGGAUCUACUGCUCUGAGAUCUUCAACAACAUGGAGCGUGCCAAGGGUUCUGCGCUCUCCGCCGCUGUCAACUGGGCUUUCAACUUUGCCCUUGCCAUGUUCGUGCCAUCCGCAUUCCGUAACAUCAACUGGAAGACCUAUAUCAUUUUCGGUGUGUUUUCCGUGGCUUUGACCAUUCAAACCUUCUUCAUGUUCCCCGAGACUCGUGGUAAGACUUUGGAAGAAAUCGACCAGAUGUGGGCCGACAACAUUCCUGCCUGGCGCACUGGCUCUUACGUGCCAAUGUUGCCUGUUGUUGAAGACGACGAGGGCAACAAGCUAGGCCUGAUCGCCCGCUCGCAACAUCUCGAGACUGUAGAGGGCAACGAGAAACAGCUCAUGACCCACGACACCAACCGCGACUCGAGCACCGAGAACGCCUCUUCUCACUCGAGCUGA